CUGCGACAUAUAUAUAUACGUGUAUAUAUAUAUACACUACGUAUAUACAUAUAUAUAUAUAUAUAUACAUAUACACAAAUUUCGACCCUUCGUUUUAGUCAAAACCGAGCCAUGAAAACACCAUAGAAACCUUCCCCUUCUCGAGAGGAAUCCAACGGUGAAAGAAUCGUUGAAAACGAUCGUGAAACGACGGAGAACAAGCUUGCCGGAGUUCCGCCGGGCUAACCGCAAAGACGGAAAACGGAGAAGAAGGAGGAGCUGCCGCUGCCGCCAACCCAUCACUGACCUUCGCCGUCCCAAAACGAGUCCUCUACCACCACCGUAUCACGAAUCCGUCGAGGAGAGAUUGGCGAAUUCGUUGAAGACGUGAACUAGAUUUCGAGUAGGGUUAGAGCAAAAGCGUGACUUCGAGAAUCAUGCCGCCAAGAAGGAACCCCCACACAACCCCAACCGUUGAAGAGCUUGCCCAAACUGUCCAACAAAUGGCACAACUUAUCGGAGCGGCUCAAUCCUCGAACCGUGGGAUUGAUUACGCAACAAGAGUAGCCGGGCGGAACCCUCCAAAAUAUUUGGGCGAGGAGGACCAUCUUAUUUUGGAGGACUGGAUUCGCACCUUCGACAAACUCUUUGACUCACUCAACUGCCCGUUGGAGCAGCGAGUGAACAUUGCGGUGUAUUACCUGCACCAAGAAGCGGACCACUGGUGGGCCGCCACCGGACCAGCACUUCUCGAGCAACCGGGCUUUGACUGGGAGGACUUCAUAGUAGCUCUGCGUGAUCGCUUCUAUCCGGAUCACGUAAAGGAGGCAAAUUAUGACGAAUUUGUCAAUUUCAAGCAAGGUGACUUGACUGUUCAGGAAUAUCACACGAGGUUCGUCCAAUUGGCUCGUUUUGCCAAAGACCUUGUGUCAACCGAGGCCAGCAUGACCCGCAGAUUUGUUAACGGGCUUAACUACGGGGCCCAAAAAUUCGUGACUGUAGCAGAGCCACGAAACCUGAACGAGGCAUAUAGGAAGGCUGGUAAGUACUAUCUGGUACACCAGAAAGAAAGAGAGGCACAGAAGAGAGAUCGAAAGAAUGCUGAAAUGGAGCAGCAACAAAAGAAGGCUAGAACUGACCGCCCGGAACAACGUCAAAACAAUCAAGGCGGGAGAACCAUCCAUGGCCAUGGUCAGGGGAGAAUCCAGCCAACUCAAACACGGUACUACAAAUGCAAACUAUGCCCAAACAACCAUCCUGGGAAGGAUUGUGCAGGGAACGCGGUGAAGUGUUAUAACUGCAACCGUAUGGGGCAUAGGGCGUAUGAGUGCCUGGAUGAGAAGAAACCCCGGAUCCAGGGCCAAAACCAGGGGAACAACCAAACCGGGGGUGGGGAUAAUCCCGUGAACAUCAACCGUGGUACUCCCAGUAACCGCCCGACGGAAGGCAAUCAUAAUCAGGGUCAGGGAAGACAAAAUAGCAACCAGGGCCGAAUCUACGUCAUGAACCAAGCUCAAGCGAAUGCCAACGAUGUUGUGUCAGGUACAUUCCUUGUAAAUUCCACACCUGCUCAUGUACUGUUUGAUUCGGGUGCAUCCCACAGUUUUAUAUCCUCAAAACUUGUGGAAAAGUUAAAGUUAGAACCUACCGCUACACUCAACCUUAAUGUAAAAACAGCAUCUAAUAAAGUUGUAGCUUGCGGGAGUGUUUUCUCCAAUGUUUCUAUAGUCAUAUCUAAUACCGAAUUACCCGGAGAUCUAAUCCAAUUUGACUUGGAGGAUAUCGACGUGGUGUUGGGAAUGGACUGGCUAGGAAAAUAUAAGGCGAGAAUUCUUUGUGAUGAACAAAAGGUGGUCUUGAAAGGACCCCACAAGAAGCGUGUAUCCUACAGAGUGGUUACAUCUCAGCCAGGCAUGAAGCUGGCAACCAUGCAACAAGUCAAACGAUACGUCCGGAAGGGGUAUGAAGUUUACUUAUGCAUGAUCAAAGACUUAACAUCCGAAGAUCCAACCAUUGACCAAAUCCCUGUGGUCAAUGAAUUUCCGGAUGUGUUUCCAGAAGAAAUCCCGGGGAUGCCGCCAGAGAGGGAAGUUGAGUUUUCGAUCGAUCUAAUGCCGGGCACCGCACCUAUUUCGAAGGCGCCGUACCGAAUGGCACCAAAGGAGAUGCAGGAGCUGAAGGAACAACUCGAAGAACUGUUGGAGAAGGGCUACAUCAAACCGAGUGUCUCACCGUGGGGCGCUCCGGUCUUGUUUGUAAAGAAGAAGGAUGGGAGCCUGAGGCUCUGCAUCGAUUAUAGAGAAUUAAACAAAGCAACAGUCAAGAACAAAUAUAUGCUGCCUCGCAUUGAUGACCUCUUUGAUCAACUGAAGGGGGCUAACACAUUCUCCAAAGUUGAUUUGAGAUCCGGGUACCAUCAAGUGAGGAUUGCUGAGAAAGACACUCCGAAGACGGCUUUUCGAACGAGGUACGGACACUAUGAGUUCACCGUGAUGCCGUUCGGCCUAACAAAUGCGCCUGCGGUAUUUAUGGAUCUCAUGAACCGUGUGUUUCGACCCUACCUCGACUUGUUUACUAUUGUAUUCAUCGACGACAUCCUGGUGUACUCUAAGACACCAAAAGAGCACGAAGAACAUCUGAGGACAGCGCUGCAAACUUUGAGAGAAAAUCAGCUCUAUGCCAAACUCUCAAAGUGUGAAUUCUGGAAGGAUCGGGUAGCAUUCUUGGGCCACAUCAUCACCCAAGAAGGUGUAUCUGUUGAUCCAUCAAAGAUCGAAGCAGUGAUAGACUGGCCUACACCCACAACUGUGACAGAGGUCCGGAGCUUUCUAGGCUUGGCAGGCUAUUAUCGCAGAUUCGUGAAGGAUUUCUCAAAGAUUGCAAAACCUUUGACUAACCUCACGAAGAAGACCACGAAAUUCAUAUGGGAUGAGGAAUGCAAGAAGGCUUUCCAGGAGCUUAAGCAAAGAUUAACAACCGCACCUAUCUUAACCCUACCAUCGGGUACUGAGGGGUUCGAGGUUUACACCGAUGCUUGUUUGAAAGGGUUGGGUUGCGUAUUGAUGCAAAAUGGCAAAGUGGUGGCCUAUGCAUCAAGACAACUGAAGACCCACGAGGUAAACUACCCGACUCAUGACUUGGAACUGGCAGCGGUUAUCUUCGCCUUAAAACUAUGGAGGCACUAUCUAUAUGGGAUACAAUGUAAAAUUUACACCGAUCACAAGAGCCUAAAGUACAUCUUCACCCAAAAGGAGCUUAACAUGAGACAAAGACGUUGGCUAGAACUCGUCAAGGACUACGACUUGGAGAUUCAAUACCAUGAAGGGAAAGCAAACGUAGUUGCCGAUGCGCUAAGCCGAAAGUCAACACACUCCUGCAGAGCAACAUGGAUACUACCUGAUGAGCUAUAUCGGGACUUUCAAAAACUAGACUUGGAGGUACGGGAUUUCGGAGAAAUAGAUCGGGAAACGCGGUUACUCGCCAUGACCGUUACCCCAUCUCUUUUCGAUGAAAUUAGAGCAGGGCAGCCUGGAGAUAUAAAGUUGGACAGAAUCCGAGCUGGUAUGACGAAUGGCUUAAACGGACCAUUCAAACUACACGAAGAUGGUAGCAUUCGACACAAAGGAAGGUGGUGUGUCCCGAUGAAAUGUGAAGAGAUUAAGAAGAAAAUCAUGGAGGAGGGGCACAACACGCCUUACUCGGUACACCCUGGAGGCGACAAACUCUAUAAAGACCUCAAAAACAAUUUUUGGUGGCCAAAGAUGAAGAAGGAGGUAGCUGAAUUCGUGGCUAGAUGCUUAAACUGCCAGAAGGUGAAAGCCGAACGUUGCAAGCCCAAGGGACUCGUGCAACCUUUAGAAGUGCCAAAAUGGAAAUGGGACUCUAUAUCCAUGGACUUUGUUGGGGGCUUACCGCCAACCAAGUCUGGCAAAGACAAGGUUUGGGUUAUAGUUGAUCGGUUAACAAAGACCGCUCGUUUCAUCCCAAUGAACGAGACAUGGAGCAUGGAAAAGUUAGCUCGAGCUUACAUCAAACAUAUAAUUAAAUAUCAUGGAGUUCCACAAGACAUUGUUUCUGACCGUGAUUCUAGAUUUCUAUCUCAAUUCUGGAAGGAAUUGCAAGCUGCUCUGGGGACGAAACUGAAACUGAGUACAGCCUUUCACCCAACCACUGAUGGACAAACUGAGCGAACAAUCCAAACACUCGAAGACAUGCUGAGAGCAUGUAUGUUAGACCUACAAGGGUCAUGGGACGAACACUUAGACUUAAUAGAGUUUUCGUACAACAAUAGCUACCACGCCAGUAUCAAGAUGGCCCCGUACGAAGCUUUAUAUGGUCAAAAGUGUAGAAGUCCACUAUGCUGGAGUGACUUGACAGACAAAGUGGUGCUAGGGCCAGAGUACCUACAUGACACCAUGGAGAAGGUGAAACUGAUUCAAGCCAGGAUGAAAGCUGCACAAGAUCGUCAGAAGUCUUAUGCUGACUUGGGGAGGAAGCCAGCUGAAUUCAAAGUGGGAGAAAAAGUCCUACUCAAAGUCUCACCGACGAAGGGAGUAAUGAGAUUCGGAAAGAAGGGAAAGUUAAGCCCAAGGUUCAUCGGCCCAUAUGAUAUCCUCGAACGAGUGGGACGAUUGGCAUACCGUUUAGCUUUACCCAUGGAGUUGGCUAAGGUAAGACACACCUUAAAACCUCUCGAUGGUAAAUAUAAUAGUAAGUGCCUCUCAAAUACUAACGCUUGAUGUACUUAGGUACACAACGUUUUCCACAUUUCACAAUUGAAGAAGUAUAUUCGCGACGAAUCACAUAUCCUUAACCCUGAGGUUGUCGAAUUGGACGAAACAUUGACUUAUGAGGAAAGGCCUAUCCAGAUCCUUGAUACAAAAACUCGUGAGACUAGGAGGAAGUCAGUUACAAUGGUAAAGGUAUUGUGGUCUAACCACUUGGCCGAAAACGCCACUUGGGAGUCCGAAGAUGAUAUGCGCAACCGCUAUCCAAAGUUAUUUGAGUAAGGUAAUGUUGUGAUUACGGGGAUGUAACCUUGUAAUACCUCUUAAAUUAUAAGAUAUUUUAUUAGCUUAUGCUUCGGGACGAAGCAUCUUGUAAGGAGGGUAGAAUGUGACACUCCAAAAAAAAAAAAAAAAAAAAAAAAAAAAAAAAAAUCAUUAAUAUUAACUAAGAUGUGGUAUUCAUUUGUGGAUAAAGUUUCUUUAGUUUAUGUUUCGGGACGAAACAUCUUUUAAGGAGGGUAGAAUGUGACACCUCGAAAAAUUUAAUAAAAUAAAAUAAAUAAAUUUUAUUGGUUAGCAAAAUAUUAUGAAAGUGAUUUUCUUAGAAUCAAGUGAAUCAGAUAAAAUCUUAACAUCAGUGACAUUUUUAACCAGAUAAAAAUGUUUCAAUAAUAAAAGUGACAUCUUAUAAUGAUUAUGUCGAGACCUCGACUUAAAUAGCAAAAGUGACAGUUUUGUAACAAGUAAUAAUUAUACAUAUAACAUAAAUAAUAAAAUUGUCAUUUUAAUGUACAAAAUGUAUUGUGACGCACACACAAAUAAUCAUAUAAAUAAUGCUACGUACACAAAUGAAAAUGUUGGGGCUAAAUUAUAUACUAGUACUACCUCCGUCCCCCUAAAUUUGGGGACAAGAGAAGUUGACACGGUUAUUAAUAAAAAUGAAUUUAUAUUGAAUUGAUAAAGUAAGAAUAAAGUAGGAAUGAUUUAGAAUCACACGAACUUUACAAAAAAAAAAAUAUGAGACAAUUUUAAUGAGACGGACCGAAAUGGUAAAAUGGGACAAUCAUAGCGGGACGAAGGGAGUACAUUGUAUCAAACAAGAGUUGACCGAAGGGGACCAAAACCCACCUACACACACAAUGGACCAAUGUAUGCGAACAAGAAAUACACAUUCACGCACAUGAAUAUGUUGAAGCAAGCUUAUUGCCAACCUAAACUCACAUGGGUUGUUCGUAGCUACAACCUCCAACCUCAUAGUAUAAAUAAGCAAGAACAGACCUUCAGCUCUCUUCAUCCCCAACCCUGCGACAUAUAUAUAUACGUGUAUAUAUAUAUACACUACGUAUAUACAUAUAUAUAUAUAUAUACAUAUACACAAAUUUCGACCCUUCGUUUUAGUCAAAACCGAGCCAUGAAAACACCAUAGAAACCUUCCCCUUCUCGAGAGGAAUCCAACGGUGAAAGAAUCGUUGAAAACGAUCGUGAAACGACGGAGAACAAGCUUGCCGGAGUUCCGCCGGGCUAACCGCAAAGACGGAAAACGGAGAAGAAGGAGGAGCUGCCGCUGCCGCCAACCCAUCACUGACCUUCGCCGUCCCAAAACGAGUCCUCUACCACCACCGUAUCACGAAUCCGUCGAGGUGAUGAUGCUUAUGUGGACUGAUGAUUGUAUGACCACGAGAGCGGUUUAGAGAUGCCUUAGUCAAACCUAGUUAUAAAUAAACAAUCCAAUUAUGUUGAACACUUGUUUUACUUUGUUUGGUGAUUGCCUGUGCAUUCGGUUAAGAGAUGACCGGAUGUGGCGGUAACACCCAUUUCCCAUUUAAUGUUAUUUCCGCUGCAAAACUUUUUAUCUGUUUUGAAAGAAUAAAUCAAGUUAUUAUCA